AUUGACAUUGUCGGUUCAUUGACUUUACCUAAAUAAUUUCCUUCUCUUUAUUUUAAACAAAAGCUCACUCAAAGUUUAAUCCAUUUCUUGCUGCUGAGUUUCUAAGCAAUGUCUCUAAGCAAAGCUAACAACAAACCAGAGAAGAGGAGCCUAACUCCAUUAUUUAGUACUGGACAGGAGUUAGCAAAUUUGGCAGUGAGUUCUGGGUUACUGGCGGAGUCCUGUGAAAAAAUUUCGCAGCUUUAUAGUCAGAUCAACCACGAUGAGCCAAUAGGAUACAUAGUUGAAAAAUCAAAUUAUUUUAUCAUAGUUUUUGGUACAUCACCCUUUCGAACAGAACAGCUUGUUAAAAAACAAGAGUUGGUUCCAUCAACUUCUCUUCCCCUGCUUCAGUUCUUAUGCUCCGAUCGCUGCCCAUCUUUCUCCAUUCACAGAUCAGCAGUGACCCUUUUCCCCUCUCCGAAUCGGCUCUCUGACCUCCAAACCAAGAUAGAGAACUUUGAGGGGCGGUUUAAAGGUCGGACUCGGAUAAUUAUUACUGGACACUCUCUAGGAGGAUCUGUUGCUUCUCUAUUUACCUUAUGGCUACUUGACAGCAUCUAUAAAAAAGACAAUGAGAGGAAAGACAAGCAGAAAUCAGCGGUAAUAAAUCACACCCUUUGCGUUACUUUUGGUGCACCUCUUGUUGGUGAUAAAGGUUUUCAAGAAGCCAUAUCUUGUUGCUCAUUAUGGAAUUCUUGCUUUCUCCAUGUGGUUGCAAGGGAAGACUUGGUCCCGAAAUUAUUUAUCUCACCGCAUAAUCCUAAUGCCAUUAACAUUGAUAACCAAACGGGUGCUUACAUGCCUUUUGGUACGUUUCUGUUAUGUUCUGCUUUUGGAUGUACUUGUGUUGAGGACCCGGAUGCAGUAUCUAAAUUACUGGAGGCAGUGACCCUUGAAAGGACUGGAAUCCAAAAUCCUAAUAAAGCAUGGCAGAUAUCUGACUAUGAAAAUCUUGUAAAGGAUCUUAUGUCUUAUGUACCGAUCAAAAGACUUUCACAAGUCGUUGAAUUUAAUAUGGACACGCUUCAAGCAGGGAUACGUUUGCAGCUGGAAGCCAUUGGAGUUACAAGUAUACAGCAGAACUCUGGCGACCGUGAACUGGUUGCAGAAAUGGAAAGAAGGGAAAAGGAUUGCCUGUUGAAGAAGAAGAUAGCUUAUGAUCCCUCCAAGGAACUGAAUGACAUUAAGUUGCAUAUGGCCAAACUGGAAUGGUAUAAGAAGACUUGUGCAUCUGCAUCUAAUAAACUAGGCUAUUACGAUAGCUAUAAGAGAAGGGGAUCAUCACGGAGGGACAUGGAUGUUGUCACGUUUAAGAAACACCUUGACAAGUACUGGGAAAAAAUGGUUGCUGAAGCUGAGAAAAUACCUCAGACAGAAGAGGCUGCCUUCAAGACGGGAUGGCUAUACGGUGGGACAAAUUAUCGUAGGAUGGUUGAACCGCUCGCCAUUGCUGACUACUACAGGGACGGUGGGAGAGACUACAAAACUCAUGGAAGACCUCAACACUUCAUGAGGUUGGAGAAAUGGCUAGAGGAAGCUAAAAAAUUGGAAGCAAAGAAACAAAAUGUGUCAACCAGUUCAACUGACUCCAAGAAACAAAAUGCGUCAGCUCUUCUAACUGAAGAUUCCUGCUUUUGGGCAGACGUCGAGGAGGCUUUAAUUCAGUGCAAUUCAGUGAAAAAAGGUGAGCAGAGUGAAGCAGCCAGAGAGAAUCUGAUUAAGUUUGAAGAGGAUGUAAUGAAGAAGAUCGAGAACUAUGCGGUAUCUCCGGAGAUUUUCUUGGAAUGGAGCAGUUUUAGGCGAUGGUGGAGAGAGUAUGAAGAAAUUAUGGGACCUUCCCAUAGUUCACAACUCACUCACUUCAUGAAAAAUGGCCAUUACAAUCAGUAUGGCAAUGGUUCAUAGCUUCUGAGGCGAAAUAUGAUUAUAGUAAGUAUGAUUUUAGAGCAAGUAUGAUCCAUGAAUAAUGCAAAUGUGUGUUUGUAAUUGUUCCCUACACUGCACUGAGAGGCAGUGGGUUUUAUUUUAUAAAAUGUCAACGAGAGUGGAAUGUUCUUCUUA